UUCCGGAAGCGGAGCAUCGGACCUGCAACGGCUGUAGGUGUACAACAGCGGCGGAAGCGAGGAGGGCUGAAGGGGACCGGGGCCUGGCUCCGCGUCUGGGUGCAGCACCAUGGAUGAAGCAGGCAGCUGUACGAGCGGCGGAGGCUUCCGCCCGGGUGUGGACAGCCUGGACGAGCCGCCCAACAGCCGCAUCUUCCUAGUGAUCAGCAAGUACACGCCCGAGUCGGUACUGAGGGAACGCUUCUCACCGUUUGGCGAGAUCCAGGAUAUCUGGGUGGUGCGGGAUAAGCACACUAAGGAAUCCAAGGGCAUCGCUUUCGUCAAGUUCGCGCGUAGCUCGCAGGCCUGUAGGGCUAUGGAGGAGAUGCACGGCCGGUGCCUCGGCCCCAACGACACCAAACCUAUCAAGGUUUUUAUUGCUCAGUCCAGGUCAUCUGGAAGUCACCGAGAUGUUGAAGAUGAAGAACUUACAAGAAUCUUUGUUAUGAUACCAAAGUCCUACACAGAAGAAGAUCUACGAGAAAAAUUUAAGGUGUACGGAGAUAUUGAGUACUGCAGCAUUAUUAAGAAUAAGGUCACUGGAGAGAGUAAAGGUCUGGGCUACGUUCGGUACUUAAAGCCGUCACAAGCUGCCCAAGCAAUAGAGAACUGUGAUCGAAGUUUUAGGGCAAUCUUGGCUGAACCCAAAAAUAAAGCAUCUGAAUCCUCAGAACAAGAUUAUUAUAAUAAUAUGAGGCAGGAGACUUUAGGACAUGAACCUAGAGUAAAUAUGUUUCCAUUUGAGCAACCAUCUGAAUUUUCGAAUUUCGACAAGAAUGACAACAGAGGCCAGGAAGCCAUCUCCAAACGCCUGUCGGUGGUGUCCAGGGUGCCUUUCACCGAAGAGCAGCUCUUCAGCAUUUUCGAUAUCGUACCCGGGUUGGAGUACUGUGAAGUUCAACGAGAUCCGUAUUCAAAUUAUGGUCAUGGUGUGGUUCAGUAUUUUAAUGUAGCAUCAGCUAUUUAUGCCAAAUACAAGUUACAUGGAUUUCAGUACCCUCCUGGGAACCGGAUAGGUGUUUCCUUCAUCGAUGAUGGAAGUAAUGCAACAGAUCUCCUUAGAAAAAUGGCAACGCAGAUGGUAGCUGCCCAGCUUGCAUCAAUGGUGUGGAAUAAUCCAGGUCAGCAGCAAUUUCUGCAAUUUGGAGGAAGUUCUGGAUCACAGUUGCCUCAAAUCCAGACAGAUGUUGUGCUUCCACCAUGCAAAAAAAAGGCCCCUCCUGAAACUCCUGUGAAAGAAAGACUGUUUAUUGUGUUUAAUCCUCAUCCUUUACCUCUAGAUGUUCUAGAGGAUAUAUUCUGAAAUAAAAAAAGAAAGAAAAUUAAAGAGCUACUCAAAAUAUCAGGUAUGUGGUUGAAGUAUUUUGACUUUCAUUUAACUGAUUGAUUUAGCUUGUUUCUUGAACCUGUCCUCUGUUCAAGGUAGACAUUGUGCUAAAUGCUAGAGACAUCAUAUAAACAAAAUAUUCUAGAUAAACAAGACACAAUAGUUGUUGUCUUCUUAGAGAUAACCUUAUUUAGGAGACAAAUAAAUAUGAAGUUCCAGCCUUAAGAGAUUAGUGCCAUGAAAGGAAUGGACAGGCUAUAAAGUAUGUAAGAGGGGCAGCUACCUUGGAAGACUCCUUGAAAGAAGCAAGGUAUCACGGAGACCUGUAGGAUAAAAACAUUUUAAUCUGGGAAGAAAGUUGAGGGUAUUGGCAGUUAUUACUGCCAGAGAGAAUGUGAAAGGAGGUUCUAAGAAUAUGGAAUUUGAGACUGUGGGGGAAGAUAAAGCUGGAGAGAAUAGGGCUCCCGUCCUGAAAGGCUUGCAGGGUUUCUGAGAGAGUUUGUCUUAUCCUGGAGGCAAUGAGGAGCUACUGAAGGGAUUAGGAAGAUUACUCAAGUCAGGGUGAGGAAUGGAUUGAAGAGGGACAUGCCCAAGGGUCAGGAAGCUAGUGAAGAAGAUAUACUCUAAGGAAAAGAUAAUGAAGGAGAGAUAAUGUCUUCAAGAGGAAAGAAACCUGAGAGAGAGAAUGAGGAGAAACUGACUGAGAGGGAGCCGUUUAAGGAGCUUGCACGGGAGGUGGGAGAUGGGGAGAGGGUGAAAAAGGAGUUCCCAAUGGACCCCGCCUUUCAGACCCGAGCAGCAAUAUUUGUUAACAUCAGUUGCUUUUCUUUUUUUUUUUGUUUUA